GUGCUCUGAUUGGCUGGGACGCACGGUUACAUGUGACGUAGCCGGGGCGAACAUGGCGCUGGAAAGCGGAGGUGAUGCUGGACCGUGGCAGUGAACCGCAGCGUUCGGAUAUUAACCGUUUUACAUUUCGGUGAAAACGCAGUGUAGAAAACAUGGUGAUUCGGGUGACAUAAUAAACCGAGUGUGGUGUUUAAAAAAUGACGGACGACAGCAAGUGAGAAAGCGCUGUGUACCGGUUAGCACCGCUUAGCCGCUCCGUUCAUGGUCACGCUGCUAACGCUUUAGCUAGGUAUGCUACAUGUUUUGGUUUCACAACCACCACCUCUAACACCACCACCGGCCGCAGUAGCAGGUAGUUUUAUACACAAAUGAUUCUUUUCUACGAUUCUUUACUUUGACAACCGCGUGUCCUAGUAGCUUCGAGGUGUCUAGUCGAGCCGGGGCCAUGAACAGGCUCCGUGUGUGGAUGUUAUUCCUCGGAGUGGCGCUCCUGGAGUUCGGGCAGCGGUGUGACUGCGCGCCUCUUCCGCGUCUACAGUCAGGGGAUUCAACAGAUGAAAUCCAUUUCCCUUUAAAUCUUUUGCUGGUUGUGUCUGUGUCUGUCCUGGUGGCCACUGUGGUGGUACUGCUCAACUGCGUGACUUGCUGCAAAGAACGAGAGAUCAACUUUAAAGAGUUUGAAGACAACUUUGAGGAUGAGAUCGACUUCACCCCUCCAGCGGAAGACACCCCGUCCAUGCAGUCUCCAGCUGAGGUGUACACACUGGCUGUGCCGCAGGUGCCCAUGCCUGGACCGCCACACCUCCAGCUUCCUCGGAUAGCAGAAGUCUCAGCAGGCCCACAUGUGGCACGCCACACUCUUAGUUACAUUCAGGAGAUUGGGAGCGGCUGGUUUGGCAAGGUUUUGCUCAGUGAGAUCUAUUCAGACCCAAGUGUAACCAGAGUGGUGGUCAAAGAGCUGAAGGCCAACGCCACUUCCAAAGAGCAAAAUGACUUUCUUCAACAGGGCGAUCCAUACAGGGUUCUUCGGCACCCAAAUAUUCUGCAUUGCCUUGGUCAGUGUGUUGAAGCGAUUCCGUUUCUGCUUGUCUUUGAGUAUUGUGAACUGGGUGACCUGAGAAGCUAUGUUACUCAGCACGAAUGGCUAUACAGGAACGGAGAGCUGCUGCAACUGCAGAAGAUGGCCUGUGAGAUUGCUGCUGGACUUACUCACCUGCACAAGCACAACUUUCUGCACAGUGAUUUGGCCCUGAGGAACUGUUAUCUUACAACAGACAUGACUGUCAAAAUUGGAGACUAUGGCAUUGGCCCCUCAAGAUUUAAAGAGGAUUACAUCACCACAGAGGAGGACCAGUGUGUUGCUUUGCGAUGGCUUGCACCGGAGCUUGUUGGUGAAUUGCACGGUGGUGUGAUAACAUCAGAACAAACUAAACCUGGCAAUGUUUGGGCUUUGGGUGUGACCUUAUGGGAGCUGUUUCAGAGGGGAACACAUCCCUAUACACAUCUGUCAGAUAAAGAGGUUCUUUACCAUGUCAUCCGAGAUCAACAAAUUAAACUCCUCAAGCCUCAUCUUGAUCUGCCAUACUCAGAAAGAUGGUAUGAGGUUCUGCAGUUUUGCUGGUUGCCUGCAGACAAAAGGGCCACAGCUGAGGAGGUUCACCGGCUACUCACCUACCUCCGGAUGCAGGGGCAGAAGGAAAUUGAAGACGACUUCGAACAACGUUGGAGCUCUCUGAAGCCUAAUCCUACCGCCCGGCAAACUACUAGCAGCCAUUCAUCCUUCCCUAUCUUAGAGCAGUUUGAUGACGGGCGAGAACCAGACGAGGUGCUGACUGUGACUGAGACGAGUCAUGGUCUCAGUUUUGAAUAUGUGUGGGAAGCUGCAAGACAUGACCACUAUGACAGCCACAAUCGCUCGUCCAUGGAAACCACUCUCAAUUACCACAGCAUGUUCUUUCCAGUGCCGCGGCAAGACAUCCAGGCUCACUUCCCCGAGACUGGAGGUGAAGCAGAGGCUGAAAGAGUCCCAGGGACUUUGCCAGUGUUCGAUGCACGAGAGGGCAACUCUGGCAAGGAGUACUACAUUCAAUUAGAGGAGCAAGAUGAAAGUGACCUUAUAGGCAUAGACGUUCAGAAUGCCGAGGGAGCCACAGCAUCAAACAAAGACCAGUAUCUCGUCCUACAGGACAUUAAGUUAGAUGAGUCUAGCACUGAUGCAGACUUCUUCCAUCAGAGCAUAGAUUCUAAAGACUCGUUUCUUCAGGACAGUCAUAUAUGGUCCUCAAGUGAACAUGAGAGUCCUUACCAAGCAGACAUUUUCAGUGAGAAAGAGUCCAAAUUUGAAGAAUCUCAUUCGUUCAGAAGUGGUUUCAUGGAACUCCCGGAGAUUCGAUCUUUUCAUGGUGACACCAAGGGCGCAGCGGAGAAUGAAAGUCUGAGCACUUCGUUUUUAGAUCUCGAACAAGAAGCUGUUAAUUCAGGAGGUUUUGAUAGUGGUAAUGCGGCUGUAAUAAGGCUUUUAAACACAGAGAACCUGGUGGACAACUUUGUUUUCCUAAAAGAAAACAGCCUAAUUAAAGAGCGCUCUGGUUAUCCAGAGUCCCGAGACCGGCAGGAAACGGAUGUAUCGCUAAACCUCUUUGGUGAUGUAGACGGCGCAAAUAAUUUGAAUGGUACUGAUGACCCUUCAGAAUCUGCAGUAACCUCUGCACAGCUUAGGGAGGAAUUCUUGGACUUGGUAAAUCCGAUUUUAAGAGAUUUCCUAUCACCUUUAAAAGAAAGUGAAACACUGGUGCCUUCAGAUAUAUUCUCAACAGAAGAAACCUGUAGCAACCAGCUGCCAGACCUUACUGGCUCUUCAAAUGAGGAAAAUGCUAAAUUAGAUGGCUGGAUUUAUUCUACUUCUGAGUCUACCUCUGAGAGCGCAGAGAUCGCUGUUCCAAAUUCAGCCAAUAGUCAUCAGUUUAAUGAUGAAGGUGCUGCCACAGAUAAUUUGUGCACAGAUGCCAAUACCUCUGGCCUUGAAGAAUGCCUCACUGCCUCUGAGAAAAAGAGGCAGGACAUAGAAAUUGUUGGCGAGUUUUCUGAGCAGAAGAGUCAGCCAUCUUCACCUGUUGAUAAAUCUCCAGAAGGAGUAGAUAGUGGUGUAACUGAAGGCUUAACAAGUAGCGAUUCUUUCAGUGACAUGCUUUCAGAUGGGGAUAUCUUGAGCAAAAUCGAAGACACGCCAUUGGAAGAAGCUCAGGAAGGGUUUGUGGACAACCAUGUUUCUCAGGAAAUAUCCUCGCCGUUGAUCUUGGACUCUUGUUUGGACCAGAUCAGCCAGGACAGCCUUCUGGAGGACAGCAUUUCAUUCACUUUACCAGCUGUUGAGAAUUCAGCAGAAACCCCUGAUUCAUUAGAUUCUCUGGAUAUGCAUAGAGAGGUGGGGCAGGGAAAAACAUUGGAUCCUUUCACUCAUAAGCUUCAGCCUUCAUACAGACCUGCUGACAGUGGAUAUGAAACUGAGAACAUUGAAUCACCCGAGUGGAAUUCUCAACCAAGCACAGACAAUGUCUCAGAGGAAAUUGUAAAGAGUGGUAAAGAGGAGCCUGCUGCUGCAACACUGACUCCUCCAAAAAUAAUAGUGUCUGAAGUGGACAGUGUACCUGAUGUUCAGGAAAAUGGAGAUGGUCUGCCACAAGAAAUUGGUGAUGCACCCAUUGGUGGAAGCUACAGAGACUCUGCUUACUUCUCUGACAAUGAAGAACUAGAUAAGAAAAGUGAUGACAUCAGUAGUGGAACCCCUGCUGAUGCUUCUCCAUGGGUUGAGAAUUCUUCUCAUGAUAUGAGUGUGUCACCAGAUGGGAAUUCUUUUCUACCAGAACCUGUAGCGUCUGAUGAUCUGCAAAAAUGUGUUGAUCCUACAGUUGAUGCUUAUGAGUCCAGAAAGACAGUCCAACCACAGUUAGUUCUGAGUCCAGAAGAAGACUGGGAUAAAGAAAAGACUGCUUCUGCUUUAACUCAGAAUGAGGCGAGGUUGGAAUCUUUCUCUGAUCUCUUAAGAGAUCCACCUCAUAUCACUUCUACCCCUGAAGCUCAUGAAGACACAUCCUCUACCUCAGUAAUACCUUCAGCUGAAAAUGUAGUAGUCCAUGCCAAACUAGUGAGGACGUAUGCUGGGGAAAUCCCAAAGAAAAAGGAGCCUGAUAUGGAAGGAAGAUACCUUGGCAAACUGGAUGGAGCUGCGGUGAGUGGAGGUUCAGAAGACGGCAUGGAGGCUGACGAGGAGGACGAGAACAGUGAUGACUCGGAUGAUGACAUGCGUGCGUACAGACUGCAUAGUUCUGGCUCUGACAGCGAGGAUGAUACUGUGCAUCCAGUGCCUGUUAUAGUUUCAGACAACAGUGAUGCCUGCAACCUCAAAAGCUUGUUGAAACUGAAAUCCCUCCAGACGGACAAAUCCACAACAGCAUCGAACAGUAUGACAGAAAACAGAAGAGUAGUGUCCUUCUUUGAUGAUGUCACUGUUUACCUCUUUGACCAGGAAACCCCUACAAAGGAGCUUGGAGAGCACAUCUCAGGCUCCAACAGCCAGGUGUCUGAGUUUAGCAGCCCGGUAGCCUCCUCUAGUUACCUAAACCGAUUCACCAACUCGGAAAGCUCCACAGAUGAAGAAGGUGGUGCGUUUGAGUGGGACGAUGACUUCACUGCAAACCCCUCCUUCCUUCCUAAGUCGGGAAGCGAUCAGUCUGCGAGCAAGGCCACCACAGCAUACUUCUCCCCACCUCCUGCAAGCCGCUCGUCGGAGCAGAGCUGGAACAGCUCCACCACAUUCUCCCGAUUCUCCAUCUCCCCGGCAAACAUCGCCAGCUUCUCUCUCACCCACCUCACAGACUCGGACAUCGAACAAGGAGGAAGCAGUGAAGACGGAGAGAGAGACUAAAGACUGACUGUAUGCAGUAUUUGGGCUUAAAAAGACACAUUUUGUAAGUGUUAAAAAGAAUUCACAAAGGCACUUGCCUUGAAGGCUGCGAUAAGCUUCUCAGGCAACAUUAUUUCUUUGAAGAGAGACUGCAAAGUGAAUCACUGGCUUCGACAUCCCUCCCGUUUUCGUUCCCCUUUUUCCACUUCAGCAGAUGAAACUUUCCUGUCUUUCACACCUCACAGUGAUCUCCAUAAACUGUUUUUGAGUCUGUGGAGUGAAAGGAACCUUUUUGUGCUUGACAUGCUCUAAAUCGUUAAAGCGCUUCCUGAUCAUUUGGCUUUUUUGGAUUUCAUGUCACGUUUUGUUGACGUUUUCACUGAACGACUGAGCUGAAGUUUUCAGAGAUCACUGAUCGGCCAAUAAGCUCCUACGCAGUUGUGCAAUCUUUCUCUCGGCUUUUAGAUCGAAACACUAAAUCUUCUGUGCUGAUCGUGUAAUGCGUAUUUGUUGAACUAGCUUUGAAAUAAGAGCAGCACUCAUGACAAAAGAUAUUUUUGCACAAUGUUUUGACUAUACAUUUUUUUAAUGACGGCCUACAAUUUAUUGUACCUAAGAUGAACCGCUUGUCAACCUUGUUGUUUAAUGGGAGAAAUGGAGGGAUGAUGAUUAUUGAAAUGAAGUUGAACCAUUCCAAAUUUUCAGAAAGGACAAAGAGAUCUGUAGCAUGUCCGUGUGGGUAAAUGCUUGUCAUGGAUGCGUUUCUUUCAGGAAUUUUUUUAUUAGUUCAGUUUUGGGAAUGUCUUUCCGUCCAUCCAUCCCUCCUUCCAUCCAUCCUUUAAUCCAUCCAUCCAUCCAUCCCUCCAUCCCUUCCUCCCUCCCUACAGGAAGGUAAGGAGCAUCAUCCUCCCCAGAAGAGUUUUUGCUUCAGCGGGCUUAGAAAAGGUUUAUUGUUUAUCACAGAUUGUAGAAUUUAGAUUUAUCUUUCUUGUUUGUUUGUUUAAUGCAAUAGUGCAAGAAGGAAAAAAGUAAUUUUCUAAAGUAUUUGUUGAGGAUCAUGCAUGUGCAGAUGUAUUAAAUAUGGGAAAAAAAAGCGAA